GAUUUGUGUCGGUAACUAAAUUCGGUUUGCAUUGUUUUGGUUGUGCGCUAGCUGUGUCAAAUACAAACACCAACACGUGACUUUUACUUUGACAGUCACUAGGUUGCUACCGGUUUUCGCGUGUCGACGGAAGUAGAAACCGCGCAGCGAGGCGACCAAUAUUAACAAGGCUCGCUGUCUCGUGUUGAGUGUGGUACUGGUCCGGACCUGAAGCCCGAACUGGGGUUCGGAUGAGGGUAAUUCAGCAUUCACUUGUGGCACCAGGUUCUUCUGGCCGUGUAUGCUGCGGGCGCGUUCCCAGUCCCGACUGACCCUUUGAGAGAGGACGAACGGAGCUUUACAAGAAUGAAGAGGCUUCCAAUCCUGCUCCUGCUCCUGUGGUUGUGCUCUGUGUUUUACGUGGGAAUCUUCCUCUUCGUGGGGGGCUUCCUUCUUGUGCGGCUGGAGGUGAACAGGACCAGCAGCUGUGCAGAUGUCUUACCUCCAGGAACAUCAGGCAACAGAGAUUUCUGCCUGAAAGAGCCACGUUUCCGUAGGGCUGUCAUCCUGAUCGUUGACGCUCUCAAGGCCGACUUCGCCCGCUAUGACCCGCGCAACACGUUGCCCAGACCGUUUGAGAACAAACUGCCAGUCCUAGAUGAGAUGGCAUCGUCGAGGCCGUCCCAUGCCAGGCUCUAUACCUUCAGGGCGGAUCCGCCCACCACCACCAUGCAGAGGAUCAAGGGCUUCACCACUGGGUCACUGCCAACUUUCAUCGACGUAGGGAACAACUUUGCCUCCAGCGCCAUCCUGGAGGACAACCUGGUCCGCCAGCUGGGUCAAGCGGGCAAGCGAGUAGUGUUCAUGGGCGAUGACACAUGGGUCAGUCUGUUCCCUGGAGGGUUCCAUCGCUCACUGCCCUUCCCGUCCUUCAACGUGAAGGAUCUGCACACCGUGGACAACGGAAUCCUCCAGAACAUCUUCCCCAUUUUGGAAGGAAAUGACUGGGACGUUCUGAUCGCUCACUUCCUGGGAGUGGAUCACUGCGGCCACAGAUUCGGCCCUGACCACCCUGCCAUGGCAGAAAAGCUUACUCAGAUGGAUGGAGUCUUCAGAUCUGUGAUUCAGCGACUACAGAAUGACACACUGCUGGUGGUGCUGGGAGAUCACGGGAUGACCGACACGGGUGACCAUGGAGGAGAGAGCCAGAAGGAGACGGAUGCAGCUCUGUUUCUCUACAGCAGUUCCGGCCUGCUACUGGCCCCCAGCUCACAGUCUGUGCAGGUAGAGCCAGAGGUGGUGCCGCAGACCGACCUGGUGCCCACGCUGGCACUGCUACUGGGAGUGCCCAUACCCUACAGCAGCAUGGGCCAGGUUCUACUGCCCCUUUUCCCCCUCAACACCACUCUGGGUGUACCUUUGGCUCUCAGCCAGGAGGAGGCGCUGUGGAUUAAUGUCAAACAGGUAAACCGUUUUCUGGAGACCUACUCGAACAUGGCGACAGACAUCCCGGCAGACAGUCUGUGGCACCUGCGUGCCCACUUCUCCCAGUUGUCCUCCCAGUAUCUCAGCUCCGUGCACACCGGUACCCCUCUCCCCCCUGCUCUCGUGGUCUCCAUGCAGGAGUACCUGAGCUCUGUUAGGGAGACCUGCCGUGCCUCCUGGGCCCGCUUCAACCCCGUGAAAAUGGCGUGUGGCCUGCUGGUGCUUUGUGGUGCGUGUGCCGUGUGCUAUGUCCUGUCGGAACUCUCGUCCGUGGUGCUGCGGGCCGGUGUACUGAAGCCAGCGGUGCUCGGCGGCCUGGCAGCGGGCCUGGCGGUGGCUGCCGUGCGGCUCUUCGCGCUGGGCUCCGCGGAAGCGUCGUGGGGUUUGGGAGCUGCAGCACUGGGGUCGGAGCUGCUGUUCCUGUGGAGGACCUGGCGUGCGUGUCCCCGUGGCAGGCUCUCUCCCCGGGGACUCCUCACGGCACCGCUCCUCCUGCUCCUCCUGCGAUGUGCCUCCCUGCUGUCAGACAGUUACAUCAUCUCGGAGGGACGCGUGGUCACCUUCCUUCUCUUCACGCUGGGAGUCUACGUUCCAGUCUGCCUGAACUGGGAUGGCUUCCUGGUACCUGCUCCCCCUGCUGAUGCGCAGAAACCCCCGGGGCUGCACUCUCCCACAGUGCCACCCUCCACGGUCCGCCGGGAGAGCACCUUCCUGCUGGUCUGCCUGAGCGUGCUGGUGUCCUGCCUCUACCUCUCUCUCUCCUUCCAUAACUGCCGUGAGGAGCAGGGCUCCUGCCAGCCCUCGGCCUUCCUGAUGCCGCUGUCACGCCUGCAGGACAGCCGUGUGCGCAACGUGCACUAUGUCCUGUCUCUGGUGGCCCUCUCUGCCUGGGCCUUCCUGCUGCACCACUGGCUCCGCCACUACGGGAACCUGAACGGCUCGGGCGUGGCUAGGUUCUCCGCCCGCUGCCUGCUCCCGCUGGCGUCUGUCUGCAUGGGACUGCACUGGGCAGUCAGUGCCGCUCCGGAGGACAGCUUCAGGAACCUGGCAGAGCUUAUCGGCCUGGCGCGGGUGGUGAUGCCGCGGGUGAGCUUUGGCCUGCUUGGCCUCGGGCUGCUCUUGCUGUGGUUGGACCCGCUGAUGGUGUACCUGAAGAGCCGCGGACCUCCCAGCUCCGGGGGUCCCAUGCCUCCGCCCAGGUACCGCGCGAGUACGGGCAUCAGCCCACAGGCGGAGCUGCACCACCUUGUACCGCAGCUUUACCAGCGCAUACGCCAGUCGUUGGAAGACGGCAGCGCACUGGGGGCAGAGUCAGACGGCCGCCCCGCCGUGGAGGCCUACGGGCUGGGCACAGUGUACUCGGCACCCCUUGUCUUGCUCUGUGGACUCCUGGGCCUGAUGUUGCUUCUGCUCCACCCUGAGGGCAUGGCGCUGGCGUUCCUGAUGCUUCUGCUGCAGGCCACAGCUCUGCUCCACCUGCAUGCCUCCACCUGCACCCUCUCCAGCCUUCAGAGUCACUCCAGUGGGUUCUCUGUGCCAUGGACUCCAGUGGUACUGUGGUCACUGGCCGCAUCCCAGUUCUUCCACGCAACAGGUCACCUGCCCACCUUCCCCUCCAUACAAUGGGGCGCUGCGUUCGUGGGCUUUCCGCAAGGCCAUGCAGGCACCGUGCUGCCUGCUUCGCUCGUCACCCUCAACACCUUCACCUCACACAUCCUGUUUGCAGUUGCAUGUCCACUGCUGCUAUUCUGGCCACUGGUGUGUGAGGUGCGCAGGACUCGGUCUGGUCGCUCAGUUGCCGGGGAGGAUGGAGAUGAUGUUGCCAUGGAGAUGAAACUGCGAGAAAACCCACAGCAGUUCAGUUCAGCACUCCUGCAGCUUGCAGUGCGCUAUCUGCUCGUCAGUGGAGCUCAGGUGUUGGCCUCGGUCUGUGCUGCAGCUUUCCUCAGGAGGCACCUGAUGGUGUGGAAAGUUUUUGCACCAAAGCUGAUGUUUGAAGCCAGUGCGUUUGUUGUCAGCAGUGUAUUUCUGCUGUUCGGAAUCGCUCUGGUCCUGAGGGUGGAUGUGGCAGUGGCGUGCUUAUUUCACAGACUCCUUCCGGAAAAUUCCAGGUAGCGACGCUGCUUGCCGCAGGACGAUAGGGGUGAACUUCCCGGACACGACUGCCAAUAGGAUGGAAGAACAGGCUACAACCUAGCUUGGACUGAUGAGGUCAUAAAGGGCCUGACCUCUCUGACGUGGCAGGCGAAUAUGUACAGGCGCUGGAAUUUCGCACUGAUUUUGUUGAGACUCAGACACUCAUGGCACCUCUGUGUAGCUGAGGACAGUUGGGAGAUGCCUUUCUACUGCUAGACACCACUCUGACACGUGGCUACUGAAGGCAUUUAGUCAGGGGCUGCAGGGUUGUACUUGUACACACUCAUUGUACACUCAGAACUGGGGAACAGCCUCCAGGGGGUAGUUAUUUAGAACUGUGAUACCUUAUCUCAUGCAUGAAUCUGAAUUUGUAGGUUUACACACAAUGUUUGGCUUAAUUUAAGACUUAGCUCACACUACCUUAAAUGAACCCCGUUACCUUGCUAAUAAGUAAAUACCUUUACACAGUACACUCUAAUGUACCAUUUGCUCUGGAUGGUUUAUUCUUCUUCCUGCUAUAAUCCAUCUGAUUUCAUGCACUGAUUAGCAUAAGUAGACCAGUCCACUGGCUCACAGCAGGGCUGACACUGCUGUGGGAUGUAGGGGGGGUUUCCUGGACUGGGAUCAGGAAAUGCUGGAGCAGGGCACUGGACUGCCAAUCUACAUAGCAGCUUCCAUUAAUCUGUGAGCUCCGGUGUGUGUGUGUGUGUGUGUGUGUGUGUGUGAGAAAUUACUUUUAUUUGUCCAUUCUGACUUUGUAGCAGUUUAUGGUUAGUGCUAACUUUGCUGCUCGAGCUCUUUUGUAGCAAUAACCACCUAUUAUCAGUUUCAGAGUCAGUAAAAUAAUAUUAGUUAGUAAUAUUAAUUUUGCGUUUGCUGUUUAGACCAGGUAAGGCCAGGUGUGGUGCAGGUAACAGGAGGAUUGGUCUUAACAGCUGCCUCAUGCGAUGCAAUUGAUUGAAAUGUUUAGUUUAUUCAGUACGCAUUGGCUGUUAUUUAUUGUUUUUCAUGUUUGUGUCCCUGUUGAUGAAUGAAAUUUAUUUAAUGUUUCCUGUUUUGUUUAUGAAAGUGAAAGGUGAGAAUUGAAAGGGUGAAGGGAAGUAUGAUAUCAGGUAGAGUUUGGGUACAAUUAAAUAGUUGUGUUGCUGCUGUGGUGUAUGUGGAAGUGUAUGUUCUGUGUUGGACAUUUUUAUGUUGCUGGUGGCAAGUGCAUUAUAUUUUACUGAACUGUUGGAUUUCACUAACAUCUGGCAGAAGCAGGUAAAUGUAGAGGGUGUGAGAAUUUUUUUUUAAUUAUUAUUAUUUUAAAAUUGUUUUAAACUAAAUGUUGCAAUGAGGAAAAACUGAUUAAAUAUUUUAUACAUUUCACA